AACUACAGGAACAUCAAAAUGCCUAACCUUGAACAUCCAGCUUACCCAGCAGCUACGCUGCUUCAUUUGGAAAGUUUGGUGCCUUGUCGAGAAUCCCAAGUGUCCGUGUUGCUGUCAAUAUUUGGAGAGCGUCAGCAGUUUACUUUUCCAUCCAUCUUUAUCUAUGGACAUACAUCUAGUGGAAAGACCUAUGUGAUGCAAACUCUUCUAAACACCUUAGAGCUUCCUCAUGUGUUUGUGAACUGUGUGGAAUACUUUACUUCACGACUUCUUUUAGAAGAAAUUCUCAUCCAGUUGCAAAGCUGUUGUUCUGAGACAGAACAGACUUCUCAUGUGCCUUGUGAUACUUUCAAUGACUUUGUACGUCUGUUUAAACAAGCUGUUGUGAGUCGAGAGCUUCAAGAUCAAACACUAUACAUUGUACUGGAUAGAGCAGAGCAGCUGAGGGAAAUGGAAGCAAACAUCCUGCCAGCAUUUCUUAGGCUUCAAGAGUUGACUGACAGAAAUGUGACAGUUGUCCUGCUCAGUGAAAUAGUAUGGGAAUUGUUCCGUCCAAAUAUUGGAUGCUUCGAGCCAUUCACCUUGUAUUUUCCUGAUUACAGCAUAGGACACCUGCAGAAGAUCUUGUCUCAGAAUCAUCCCCCAGAAUAUUCUGCGGAUUUCUAUGCUGCAUAUAUCAAUAUUCUGCUUGGUGUCUUCUACAUGGUCUGUAGGGACCUGAAGGAACUUCAGCAUCUGGCAGUGCUCAAUUUUUCUAAAUACUGUGAACCAGUGGUCAGAGGAGACGCAAAUGAACGUGACACCCGCAAACUCUGGAAGAAUAUUGAACCUCAUUUGAAGAAGGCAAUGCAGACUGUUUAUCUUCGGGAAAUAUCCAGCUCACAGUGGGAGCGCUUACAGCGUGACAACGGAGAACCUGGGCAGUUGAAAGGACUUUCUGCACAUACACAUGUGGAACUUCCUUAUUACUCCAAAUUUCUUCUAAUAGCUGCUUACCUUGCCUCCUACAAUCCUGUUAGGACAGAUAAGAGGUUCUUUCUUAAGCAUCAUGGGAAAAUUAGAAAGACCAACUUUAUGAAGAAACAUGAAAAGACCAGUAAUCACCUCCUUGGGCCAAAGCCAUUUCCCUUGGACAGACUGUUGGCAAUAUUAUAUAGUAUUGUGGACAACAGAGUUGCUCCAACUGCAAAUAUAUUUUCCCAGAUCACCUCUCUUGUGACUCUCCAGCUGUUAUCCAUGGUUGGCCAUAAUGACCAGCUUGAUGGACCACGAUAUAAAUGUACUGUAUCUCUGGACUUCAUCAGAGCUAUUGCCCGGUCUAUCAGGAGAGAUGAAGAUAAAUUACAGACAGAAAUGCAUGCAAUACAUAGGCAACAAUCAAGCCUAUGUCUCAUUUUUAUGAAAUGCCAACAGCAUUACCUCACACCUGUUGCUGCAGCCAGCUUAUUAGCAGGUCUUGGAUAAAGAGUCUGUAGCCAGAACAGAGCCCAGAAAUGACAUGUGGCGAAAAGGAAGAGAAACAUUCUCAAGACCAACUCUUCUUUAUAAUGUGGGACUUCAGAGGAACCUGUGGUGUAGACUGUAUCCCAUAACCUCAGUGCACAUGUUGCUCUCCUGAGCUAUUAAAUGUCCAAUAGCCUUGUCGGUAAACCCCACAGACACACUAAUUUCAAUUUGCAAUUGGACAGGCCAUAGAACGAAACUUCAUCUGGUUCAGGCCUGGCUGGACCACACUGCCAGGACCUCCAUGGCUUCGCUAUGUCACUUUGCUAUUCCCAGCAAUAAAGUCAGUUGUGAAUGAUGCCCUGAAAAAACUCCCACUGGUACCAAGUACAGCAGACCAUCUGCUCAGCAACAUGGAUCAUUGUGUAUACAAACGUCCCCAAGUUCUUGUCUCUGCUCUAACUCCUACGGUGAAUACAGAGACCAGUUCAUUAAACUCUGUAUGGACUAUGAGGGUCCUUGAAUUGAGGUACUUGAAAUGACAGCCCUCUCCUUGCAACUUUAACAUCUUUAGAAGUUUCAUUGACUCCGUUAAAGUUGCUGGAAAGGUAGAGAUAGCCAGAAAACAGGACCUAAACUUGUGCUAUGCAGCUCAUGCUUACCAGAGAAAGUAGUUGUGGGAGAUGCUAUCACUUCAAAUCUCAGUGCACAGUAUAGUGCUUUGGCUUGCUUUCCUUUAGGUCACAUGUGUGUGUAUAUAUAUCCUGACUGACUUUUCCUACAUGUUAUGAGGAAGAAAGCAGGUCUUUUUUUCCCUGUCCAAGUAGUUUGGAAGUGUUUAUAUGCUGCCUGGAUAGGGCCAAAAAUGACCUGACAGAUUUUAAAGUUGGCCUGUUCUACUUUUCUCCUGUUCCCCCUCCCCCCCUUUUUUUUUCUUGCUUUGUUCCUUUGUUACACUUCUUUUAUUAAGUAUCUUUUGCAGCCUACAGUCUUUGUAAAUCUUUGAGGAUGAUCCAUAAAGUUACAAGGUUCCAUGAACCCAUGAUAAAUGGGCUUCCCCCUUGUCUUGAUGGGACUAGCUACAGGGCGAAGGCAUGAUGAUCUGUGCUUUAAGAAAUUUCAUUUUCUAGCUGUGCUGUAGUCUUACAGCUGCCUCUAGUUUUUAACCACUCGUGGGAGAGGUUAUAUUUAUUGCAGAGAAGGAACUACUUCAUCAUUUCAACCAAAAUACACAUCAAGUAAGCAGCCCAUCUCCUGAUUCUUUUUUCUCUGUUACUAUAAUAGUACUGAAGUAAUUUUGUUAGUCACUAAAAUCUUCAGAUACCUCAGCCUUGUUACAAUCUCAGCCUUGCUACUCCAGCAUAUUUCCUAAUGGAAGGCUGAAGAGUGUAAAAAGCAGGACAGAAAAUAAUGCGCUCUCCCUCCCCUCCCCACUCCCAUUCAGGCUGUUCAGAUUAUCAUUUCAUUUUCUGUAUUUUUUUAAGCAAAAUUGGGGUUUGCCUUUAAAACAACAAAACAAAAGCCACCUGGUUUUGGAAGAGUAAAAAACUUGUGUGUCUUCCUGUGGCUUUUAGUGUGAUAACUGCUGGCCGUGCACAGUCUCUCUCCUUAGUACCACAGAACCUCAUGUCUGGCUCUAUUCUGUUGCAUAUAUUCAGUCUUUGCAGAGAUAUUCCUGUGCUUUUUACCACGUAGUAUUUACAUGCUUAGCUGAAGGUAAGGUUAGACAUUUCUUUGUUAGAAAUUUUUAAUUUCUGUUUUAAGAAUUUCAGACCUAAGUUCAUAAAUUUUCUGUAGCUGAAGUGGGGAUCUCUUAAUGUUUGUUGAAUGUAAUGCGUCUUUUCAUAUAGUGUCUAAUGAACCCAGUUGUUAUGACAGGAUGACUGUGUUUCAUUUAGUUGAUAAGGUCAGCAUUUGUUAGAGUGUGUGAUUUUCUUUCUGUGGAAAGCCUUGUAACUAAAGCAGUUUUCUUGAGUGACACAAUGUCAUGUGAGUCUAACAAUGGCGGUUAAUUUCUUUAAUUUUGUCACUGGAUUAUUAAGUAGACUUAAACACAGUAUUUCUUGUUGGGGAUCUUGGGGAUUUCUGAACUUUUUCUCUGCCCAAUAUGAUGUUUUAUAGAAACUUUUUGAAAAGUGGGUUACAGGAUGAUGCAUGAACAGAGAAUAUUAAAUGAUUGUAGUCUAACAAAUAAGACAUUCAGCCAGUUAAUCUCACUUAGCAUUGUGAGCGGUUAUUUUUGCGUCAUUGAAUACUUUUUAAAAAAAAAAACUUUUAUACUUGUCAUUAUAUGCAGUAAUUUGCAUUAUUUAUUCAAACAGUAAACCCCUAAGUCUGAGUGUUAGAUUGUAUAGCAGAAUGAGUUUAGAGACAAAAAAAUAAUUAUAUGUUUUAUUCUACUGCUGUUUUAUUCUGCCUGCCAUUAAAGUACAAAAGUAUACAUUAAAAUCUUCUAUCCCAUUGAGAGGCAUUCUUGGAUUUUUCAAAUUUAGCUAUGAACAUGGGUCAACUAGUGUCAAGACUGAAAGAACGCAGACUGCAAAUGAGUGCAGAUGAAGGAGUUACAUAGUACAUGCUAAAACAGGUGGUUUGGAAGAUGAACAAAACAUUCAAUAGCAUAAAAGAUUGCUACUUUGCAUCACCAACUAGAGUAUCAUGUUUACCAUGCGAAAAUAUAAUUGUAUUAACUUUGAUGUAUUUUUACUGCUUGAUGAUUGAAAUAAGAAUCUUCCAGUUUUUACUAGAAAUCUACUUUAUUUCUUUUUUAGAAUCUUACAAAGUUUAAAUAAUCAGAAGACAGGUACUGUAAAUAACACUAGAGGUUAAAAAUUCAUUCAUCCUUGAUUGCAUUUCUUUUGGGGGUAUUGCUUGAUUUUGAUUGUGCAGAAUGUCCCACGUGUGCUGUCUCCAAACAGGUUAAAGUCUAAGAUGAUUGCU